GAGAUUUGUGAGAUUAAUAUGUUAUGUAUAUAUAUGAUUUCUGCUGAUUUCGCAGUAAUUAUAUAACUGCCAGAUUUAGUAUAAAAGAUCGUGGCCUUCUGGUUUCAUCUAUCAGUUGCCCAUCUACUGGCCAUCUAACAUGCGAUACACCUGUGUCCUACUGCUCGUGACCACCGUUGCCUGUCUGCUAAUCGGGCAGACAGGUGGUGCCUCUACCACUGCGACCACCUCGGCCUCGGCCACCACAUCUGCCUCAGCCGCUUCGGCCGCCACAACAACCACCACUACAACCACAACCACCGAGGCCACUACUACCACAACCACUACUGCAUCGUCUUCCAAAAAAAAGAAGCAUAAACAUAGAAUUCAUUAUACAAGACGCCGAUAUGGAAGUGCCAAGGUCAGACAUAUACAUAGGCACAGAGCCGAUGGUUCUUCCACUGAAAGUAGCCGACGUCGCCGCCGCAGCAACAGUAGCAGCACCAGUAGCCGCACCAGUACCAUCAACCGCAGCGACAACAUUCGUAGCAGUCGCAGGAGAGCCCGUCGCUCCAGAAGACUUAAAAAUUGA